UAUAUGGCGUUACCUGAUGGAAUUGCGGCUCUUUUGCUCUGUAGAUGUUUACGUCAAACCAAAGAUUUGGACCGCACACGUGAACGGAAAGAAGCACCGCGAUUCUGUUGAACGACUAAAACAACAACUGGUGUCUGGCCCGAAGCGACCAAACGAUGCUUCGGCUGCUCAUAAUGGUGCACCUCCCAUGAAAAAGACAAGAGGUAUUUGUUCUGACUAUUCUGGACUGUAUCCUCUUCAAAUUUUUGUUCCAGAGGACUCGCAACCUGUUCCAUCUUCAAAUGGCCCUUUGCCGUCGGACUUCUUUGAUGAAGAACCAGGACUGAGUAUUCAAACGCCAUGGCAGAAAAACAAAGAUGAAGAAAAUGCCCAUCUUCGAGAAAGAAAAGGCGUUAUAGAAGGUGUACCUCAAGGGUUCUUCGAUGAUAAAAGGAGAGAUGGAAUGGUGCGGGUUAGGGAAACAAUUGAGAAUGAAGCACAAAUGAACGAGGAGUAUGACCGGUUAAUGCGUGAAUUGAACGAACAAAAUCAUGAAGAUGAAGCAAAGGCAGAAGAAGAAGAUGAACAAGAUGCUCUCUUCCGCGAUAUCUCUAACGCAGACGAUCAGAUGGAAAAUUGGAUGCGAUUGAACGCUAUGGAGAAGUUGAAGGAAGCACGAUUACAAGAGGUUGGCAUAGUCUUCUGAUC